AUGGUCGCCAUGGUCUCGAAUGGCGUGGGGGCUUUCGCGCCCGUGUUGACGGCUAUGGCUACCAUGCGCGAUGGCCAAAGGGAGCAGAAAAAGGCAGCGCAUCACUAUUUGGAGACCUUUCAGAAAUCGGCGGAAGCAUGGCAGAUUACCAUCGGCAUCCUACAGUCUGAGGCAGAUGCAGAGGCUAAACUGUUCGCCGCGACAACUCUACGGGGCAAGAUUACCUACGAUGUCACGCAAAUACCGGCUGAGGCACUGCCCUCACUCCGAGACCAGAUCCUAGACCUCCUCAAGGUAUUUGCAACAGGGCCGCGUCCUAUUCGAGUCCAACUGUGUGUCUGUUUGGCUAUUUUGGCCAUACAAAUGACUGGUUGGAAGGAUGUGGUUCAAAUGGUUGUAUCCGUUCUGGGCAACACCCCGGAUAGCCACGCCUGUAUCCUGGAUUUCCUCAAGGUUCUCCCCGAAGAAGUCACCGAAGGACGAAAGAUCACUUUGACUGAAGAUGAGUUGCAACAGAGGACGCAGGAACUUUUGGGAGACAACGCCGGUAUAGUGGUUCAGCUUUUGAUCAACUACGCGCAGUCAUCAGCAACCGCCGCAACUAACCCGCAACUACUUGAAGUCAUAACAUCAUGGCUACGCGAAGUACCAGUCGCCGAUGUUGUAAACUCCCCUCUGCUGAAUGUCGCCUUCAGUGCCCUCGAUACCGACCAGUCUUUCGAGGCAGCAACAGAUUGUCUCUGCGCCAUCUUUAGGGAGACACGUGACGUUGACGAAUACCUCCAUUCCAUCCAGGUCCUCUUGCCGCGUGUAAUUGCUUUGCAGCCUCGGAUUGCACAGGCUCAGCAGCAGGAAGAUAUCGAAUCGUUUAAGGGAAUCACAAGAAUUUUCGCAGAAGCCGGAGAGGCCUGGGUUGUCCUCAUCGCGCGUGAUCCGUUGGUCUUCAGACCACUCGUUGAAGCCGUCCUGGAAUGCGCCGCCAGAGAUAUCGAUAGAGAUGCUAUCGCCCUUACUUUCAUAUUCUGGUACGAGUUGAAGCUAUAUCUUAUUCUAGAGAGGUAUAUAGAGGCUCGUAUGCAGUAUAUGGAUGUCUAUUCGAAGCUCGUAGAUGUCAUGCUAAAGCAGCUCGAAUUCCCGACGCCAGACGAUCCGAACUCACUUGACUCGUUUGAUGGUGACAAGGAAGCCGAGGAAAAAUACCGCGAAUUCCGACACCACAUGGGUGACGUCUUGAAGGACUGCUGCGAGAUUAUGGGUGUAACGGAGUGUCUGACCAAGGUCCUGGAGAGAAUCAAGGCUUGGAUGGGCUCGUACGCCGGAAUGGCAACUAACACUUCAGUACCUCACUGGCAACAACUCGAGGCACCCAUCUUUAGCAUGCGGGCUCUGGGAAGAAUGGUUGAUAAGGACGAGGAUAUCAUCCUCCCACAAAUCAUGCCUCUCAUCGUUCAAAUCCCACAUCACGAGAAGCUGCGCUUCGCAACCAUCAUGGUGAUUGGGCGCUACACAGAGUGGACCUCGAACCACCCCGAACUACUGGAAUCCCAGUUCACAUACAUCGUCUCGUCAUUCGAAACGGACUCGAAGGAGAUCGUUCGAGCUGCCGCGAUGGCGAUGAAGUUCUUCUGUACUGACUGUAAGCACUUGCUAGGUGGUCAGGUUGUCCAGCUUCAGAGUUUCUACAAUCAGACUCUGGGUAAGCUCCCUCUGAUCAGCCAAGAAGAGCUUACCGAAGGCGUCGCAUCGGUCGUAGCUGUCCAGCCUCCUGCACAGAUAUUCGACUACUUAAAGCUCUAUUGUGACCCGCUGAUGGCUAAGCUCAUGACUUUGGCCAAUCAGGCCACUGACGAUAAUGGGAAGUUGGCGGUUGCAGAUCAUGUUCAACUAAUCACUAUCUUUAUCCAAAUCGUUAAGCCAUAUGUAGAGCCUGGCCAACAAAAUCCAGCGGUCAAAUACUGCGAAGAGAUUUUCCCCAUUUUGUCGACGAUCAUGGACAGCUACAUGACCUUCACCCCAAUCUGCGAACGGAUCUGCCGGAACUGGCGAUUUAUGGUCAUUUCAUACCGUACCGCUAUCGCACCUCUCCUCCCGGCUAUGGCAGACAAGCUUGCGUCUGGUUUUGCUGCCUCGAAACAAGGAUGUUUCCUCUGGGCCACAAGUGCUAUUCUGCGCGAGUUCUCCGAAGACCGGGAACAUGUGUCCGAGCAGACAUCCGAGGCAAUUUACACAUUUUUCGAGGCCCAGUCAACUAACACACUCCGGAUGAUGAGCGAUCUGCUACCGCAUGAACUACCAGAUGUCAUCGAGGAUUUCUACCGCCUUCUUGUUGAUGCGCUGCUAUACUAUCCCCAGAAGAUGGUCCACUCCCAGCUCUUCGAGCCACUCUUUCAAGCCGCUGUUUCUGCUCUGGCUCUAGAGCAACGGGAUCCUCUCAGCGUGUGUCUGCACUAUAUCCGCGAUGUCAUCGGGUAUGGUGGCGAGAACCCACCCAGUUCGACCAAGAUUGUUAAUCCAGUCGAGAUUCAACAACUCGUCCAACAACUUCUCCUUGCAAAUGGCGAGCUUCUCGUCAAGCAUAUCUUGGCCGGCAUGAUGAUCACUUUCCCUGACGACUGCUUUUCCGACGGAAGCGGUGCUCUUCUUGGUCUUUUCGAGCUCAUGCCCGAGGCCACGACCACAUGGGUCGACAAGAAUCUCCGGAUGCUGCCUUCGGGAACCGUCAGCAGUCAGGAAAUUGAUCGUCUCAUGACUAACAUCCGUGCUAAAUUAACCGAAGGUCAAGAAGGUGUUCGCAAGGUUCGAAGUUUGUUACAGGAUUUUACGAACAACUAUCGCAGACGAUAUGUCGCUCCCCGAGACGGUCUUGGCAGACUCGAGCCAGACAGAUUUCACUUUAAUGCCUAA